CUCGCCCCGCAUGGCUGACUCGGACGUCCCCAAACGCCACGAGAACGACAUCAGCCUUGAGCGCAUCCCCAAGGACCACCCCUACAUCAAAUACAACGUGCUGUGGGAGGAGGGCAAGGCCGCCCUGGAGCAGCUGCUCAAGUUCAUGGUGCACCCGGCCAUCUCCAGCAUCAACCUGACGGCCGCGCUGGGCUCGCUGGCCACCAUCGCCCGCCAGCGGCCCAUGUUCAUGGCCGAGGUCAUCCAAGCCUACGAGACCCUCCACGCCAACCUGCCCCCCACCUUGGCCAAGUCGCAGGUGAGCAGCGUCCGUAAGAACCUGAAGCUGCACCUGCUGAGCGUCCUGCGGCACCCAUCCUCGGGGGACUUCCAGCCCCAGAUCACCACUCUUCUCGUGGACCUGGGCACCCAGCAGGCCGAGAUCGCCCGCAGCAUGCCCAGCCCCCGCGAUGCCCGCAAACGGCCCCGCGACGAGCCCGAUGCCGCCCUCAAGAAGAUGAAGAUCGAGCCCCCCCUGGGCGAGGACGACGAGGACAAGGACCUGGAGCCCACGGCAGUGACGGUGCCCAAAGCAGCCGGCCAGGCCAGCGUCCCCUCGGACACGGAUAUCACGGCCGAGUUCCUGCAGCCGCUGCUCACCCCGGAGAACGUCGCCAACCUGGUGCUGAUCAGCAUGGUGUACCUGCCCGAGGCCAUGCCCGCCUCCUUCCAGGCCACCUACACCCCCGUGGAGUCGGCUGGUACUGAGGCGCAGAUCAAGCACCUCUCCCGCCUCAUGGCCACGCAGAUGACGGCGGCAGGGCUCGGCCCGGGCGUGGAGCAGACGAAGCACCUGAAGGAGGAGCCCAAGGAGGAGAAGGCAGCCAAGCCCGAGAGCGUGGUGAUCAAGCGGCGGCUCUCGGCGCUGGCCCAGGGCCAGGCCAUCUCCGUUCUGGGUGCCCAAGGCUCGGCUACCAACCUGCUGGAAGAAGAAGCCCCCCAGGCCAAACGCCGCCCUGAGCCCAUCAUCCCAGCCACACAGCCCCGGCUGGCGGGCGCCGGCGGCCGCAAGAAGGUUUUCCGCCUGAGCGACGUGCUGAAGCCGCUAAGCGACACGCAGAUGGAGAAGCUGAAGCUGAGCGCCGUCAAGCGCAUCCUGCGCGCCGAACGCGCCGUGGCCUGCAGCGGGGCCGCCCAGGUGCGCCUGGCACCCCCUGGCCUUGGG